AUGCCCAAGUCAAAGCGCGCCAAGGUCGUACAUCUCACCCAGACAGACAAGAAAGGCAAAGAGCUUUCGCAGAAACUCUUCGCCAAUGUCCAGGAAGCCGCCGAAAAUUUCGAGCACAUCUUCGUCUUCUCUGUCGCAAACAUGCGAAACUCGUACCUGAAGCAAGUGCGCGCUGAAUUCUCUGACAGCCGAUUCUUCUUUGGCAAGACGAAGGUCAUGGCCAAGGCCCUCGGCAUGACGCCCGCUGAAGAGCACCUCACCAACCUCUCCGAGCUGACCAAGCAUCUCGCUGGCAAUGUCGGUCUCUUCUUCACCAACCGUGAGCCCGCCGACGUCCUCGAGUACUUUGCUGCAUACUCGCAGACGGACUUUGCGCGCGCCGGUGUCACCGCCACACACACGUUCACAAUCCCUGCUGGUGUCGUCUACUCGAGAGGUGGAGAGGUGCCUGCAGAGGAGGAUGUCCAGCUGCCUCACAGCGUUGAGACCACCAUUAGGAAAUGGGGUAUGCCCACCCGGUUGGACCAGGGUAAGGUCACACUGGAUGCACCCUACACUGUGUGCAAGGAGGGACAGGUUAUGAACAGUCACCAGACUGCGCUGCUGAAGAUGUUUGGCGUGGCUAUGGCCGACUUCAAGAUCGACCUCAAGGCCUAUUACUCGAAGAAGACCGAGUCGGUGACUGAAGUUGACGCCAUGGAGGAGUAG